AUGGCCAGUUUUCCAUAUUCAACGUCAAAUGAUUCGUCAAAAAAUGGUGUUUGGUCUUCGCAUUCAAAUUGGAAUCCAUGGGUUACACCCGUACCAGGGGAACAGCGUUAUUCUUCCGGCGCAGGAAAUUUUGUCGUAGAAGAAACUCAUAAAAGGUAUCAACCACAAACCAUGACGGUCAAUGAUAAUAUUAUUGUCGAUAGUAAAUAUCAAAUGCCUAACAGUGAUUAUCACAAGAAAAGAGCUAUAAAAGAAAUUGAACAUAAGAGCAAAGAUGAACAAUUACGAGAAGAACGUUUUAUGGGUCUUCCUAUUAGUUCGGAAUCUUUAUUUGGUGGUCAUUUUGGUUCUGCAUCUCCAUUUUUCAUUGAAAUAAAAAAAUAUCUAAACUUUGAACCAAAUGAUAUAUCUUCGAAAACUUCAGCAAUGACAUCGAUGUUUGUUGAAAAAGUAGCUCAAGGUAUUAUCGAAGAAGGAAAACAAAUAGGAAAAGAACGAAAAGCUGAAAAAAUGGCAGCAAUGCUAAGAGAAAAGAACAACGAAGGAAUCGAAGAAGUAUGGAAGCAAUGUGUUUAUCUCUAUACAUCGAAAAAUUUCUUAUACAAAGCACUGAAUACAACUAUGAAAUUAGUAGGAGACAAAGAACAAGAGAAUAUAUGGCGAAGCAAAGUACCUACGUUAGGUCCAUUUUGUUUGUUAUUAUUGAAUAAUCCAUUUAACAAAGAAUUGACUAAGAACAAAACAAUUUAUCGAAGUGCUAAUAUGACACCUGAGCAAAUCGUUCAAUAUGAAGAAAUGGCUAAAAAUAAAAGUUCACAUCAAUCAUUUAAAGUCUAUACAUCCUGCACACGCAAUCGUAAAAAAGCAAAGGCACUGGGAAAUACUUUAUUCAUUAUGGAAGUGUUGGAUGGUUUUAUUAUGGAUAUAAGUUCAUACUCAAAAUAUCCAAAAGAAGAGGAAGAACUCAUUACACCUGGUGUUCGUUUUUGUGUUAAAAGUGUUGCAUUCAAUCAGAAGAAAAACAGAUAUUUAAUCAAUUUAGAAUUACGACAAAAACUCUCUAGUAAGUAA